AUGUGGUAAGUUAGUGGAUGCUCGUUCAAUCGUUCCAUUGACCCAGGCAGCCAAACCUGAACAAAUUGUGCUCAUUGCAUUCAUCAGGAGCCGACCUUAUGGAGGUAAUAUAAGUCUUAAUUCUUGAUAACAAAAGCACUAAAGUUGUAUUUUUGGAUUGUAUUUACCGAUAUCGUCAAUCAUGAUUGUUGAACAUAUAUGUUCAACGCUGUUUGCAAUAUUCUAUAGAGCACCCUAGUUAGGGUAUUCUGAAGGUUAACCUUUAGAGAUUAUUUGACCAAUGCGUUUUUCAUCUUCGUUUCUGCCUCUAUCUUAGUAGAGCAGUCAAGGUUUCUCUUGAUAUAUCGUUGCGCACGGAACGUAUAACUUAGUCUGACUGGCUUACAUGAGCCAUCAAUAGAAAUCAACGACCUUUCUUACGGAAUUCUGCAUCUGUUUGUGAGCCCAAAUGAUAUUGAUAAAGUAAUUCUUUUGUUUAAGAUCGACCAAUUAUCCUUGCCAUAAUUGUAUAAACAAAAGAGAACAGGUCCGUUCUACGACAAAUGGCUCGUAACAUUAGUCCGACGAGUCUGAAAACAUAAGUGAGGAUGAAAUAUCCGCUUUUUAAUUUCGACUAAUAUUUCUUCCAGGUAGUGUAGCUACAUCCCAUUUUUAGUAGAAUAUGAGGGACCCUUCGCGGUUAGUGCGUCUUAUUAGGCGUAAAAUGUGCUCAAAAUUUUGCAUCAGUGUUAUUAAAAUGAAAUUUAGUUUUGCAAGAUGAUACUAUCGCUGAUUCUGCUGGCUGCGUCACUCUUUCUCCUACUUGUGGUAGUUAGCUGCACAAACGUAGGACGGCCCACAGACUUACUUACUCGGUAUUUCAGGGGACACAACCCUGAAGGCCAACAACGUGCGGUAAAUAGGAACUCCUGAUUUAUUAAUUACAGGAAACAAAACUUUCAUUUCGACCUGGUUAGCUCCUAUAAUCUAUAAUAUACGAAACUUGCUUAUUUUUGUAGAUGAAUUGGAUAAUAUUUUCCUCGAACUUGACUAUAGUUCGUUUCCUCAUUUGAAAUUUAUUAAUUAACCCUAUGUAAUCUGAGUUGGGAAACCCAUCCAGUUUUACUCACGAUUCUUAAUCGACAGAAUAAGUGGAACGCUGUGACGUCAUGGUUCGUUGGAGAUGCACUAACAAGUAGGAUAUUCGGGGAACGAAGUACUUCUUUCAAAAGUCGGAACAAGAUUUUUUCCUGUUCAGUUAAGAAGAUACGGCUAGCAAACGAGCGGCAUAAUUUAGCAUUCAAGUAAAAUACGAAAAUGUGCACAUAUUCCUCGUUCGAUUUCCAACUUUGAAAAGUGGUUCGUUGUUUACCUUCAGCGUCCAAGCGAUUUCGGCAGGCUGAACUGUUACAGAAACCGUGCUUUUGCAUUUAACUUUGCUUGCUUAAGCAUCAGAAUUCAAGAGUGCUUAUUGGAUCUUCUGAAAAAUGUUGCAUAUAAAACGCGAACAAAUUUUGCACAAGUCAAAUCUAAGAAGACUAAAAUAAAACUAUUAAGUCGAGUCUUAGUAGUGUUUUGCUUCCAAUUUUAAGAAUGUUUUCAUGGGAAACAGGUUUUUGUCUAUUAGUAUCCGGAUUUAAUUAUCUUUUGACCACCACGGAAGUGGCUUUUAUAAGAAGUAGUGCCACCUAUGUUUAAUGAUAUAUAAUUGUAAUAUCUGAGCAAACGGUUAACUUCGAAAAACAUACUGGGUUAAAAGCACCACCACACUUUCAACGCGAUUUUAUGACUUUGUGCUGACGCGAAGUCUACCAAAACUCAAAGGAAACAUUCUAAUAUUUUUGGGCGUAGUGUGAUUGGAUGCAAAGUUCACGGAGGCUUGUAAUGCAUUUCAUUUGCAGCACGUCUCACUCUCCCCUUAAAGACUAACAUUUUUAAUGAUACCAAGCCAAUUUUGUCUCUAGAAGUUGAACAAUUUUCAUGACCCUCUUUUGCCUUUAGUCAGCAUGAAAACAGUCCUAUAACUAUUUGUAUUUUUGGCAUUUAUUGCAUUUUUGAGCUAGUGGUUUCUAGAUCAAACAGGGUGUAGCAUCUUUUUUGAUUUUCUAUUCUUGUCUGUGACUAAAAUCGAGUAAGGCCAACGCGAUCUUAAGAAAUAGGUUUUAUUUACUGAAACAGACUCGGGUCAGUCUUCGUGAGACGGUUCGCGUAUCACCUAAGCCAUUGGUUAGGUAACUGUAUUAUUUCUCUUUGAAGAAACGUUACGAUAUCAACCGUAUGAAAUUUUAGCUGAAAACGAUAGACUAUAACGUGACUACGGUAAAAUCUAGAAGUUUUUCGUCCUGUUUUACUUACAACCUCUCCACAUGGUGUCAGAAUCACACCUGCCUAAAACUCAUGCACAUUGUGCGUCUCAAAAGGCCGGAAUAUCUGUUCCUCCAAUUUGUUCAUUAACCAUUUUCUCUCAGAAAUGCUGGAUAAAGUGGAAUUCUCAAGGUCUUCUGGAUUAUCAUGCGAAGUCGUCGGCAGCAAAUCACCCAGACUGGUACGCUCGCAGGAUGGCCGAUGUUCGAGCGACGGACUUGAAAUACACUCAGAAAUGGGCCUACGACAGGUGGGGCAAGCCAAAUAGCCUCAACGCGCUUGGUUUUAUCGGACCCGAAGAAGUCGUGAAAACUAGAGAAACUCGAUUUUUCUUGAGAGAUUGUAGCACAAGAAGGCCUCAGAAGGUGUCUGCAGACAUACCGACUGUUCGUUAUGGACAGCUCCAUCCGCCACAUUACGAUCAACCAAUGCGAGCUGAACUCUUUCCGCCUCUGGUUGACGCAAAACAUUUGCCAAGCCUGCAUCGCACAUGA